GUCUGGACUAGCUUCACUAUGUCCUUUGUGAACAAGCCUGCUAAAAAGGAACAACAGUUUACAACUGAAGUGAACCUAAUCAGUUUCUUGCUGAGAGUUGAUGAUCAUGAGUCUCAGUCUACUCUUGUGGUUGAUACAGCUACAGUUUUUACAGCUACAGUUGAUGUACAGUCAAUUGUUGCUCAUUCUCCAUCACCCUAUUCUUCUACUUCCUCUACUAAUAGUCUAAUACUACUACUAGUACUAUUACCACUACAGAAGUCAGUGUUGGAGCUACACCACCCACUACUUUAUUACAAUAACCUUCGCUACCAAAAAAUUGUGCUAAAAAGGGUGCGUAAAAGAGGGUGUGGCCAAAAUCGCGGCGCGCUUCGCGCGCCCAACCCAUUUCCUGUGCCACACCCAUGCCCGACUAGUAGUCAAAUCCUGCAGCCGCCUAUGAGAAGAAGAGUGAAGAUGAAGAUGAGAACUAUAGAUUGAAACAGGACUUAAAUU